AUUCGUUACUGGAAUAGUUAUUGUGGCGCUCGCUCGUGGUAUAACACCGGGGAGGUCGGACGGGAUAUUGAGCCUGCAAAAAUGGCCAUCAUACCACACAUGCUUAUCCGGUCUCGGGUAGCCUUGGGACUAGCAUCGAUCACCCCUGACGAGGCGCAGUCUUAUCUAUGGAGUGUUAAUGCGACAUACCACCCGGUUGCUGCUAUGAAUGAUGGGUUUGGCUUUGCGUCAAGAUCGUUGCGUAAUUGGGUCUUCUCUCGCAGUUCUUACAAUUCUCCCCCAGAUUUCUUUGUAGCGGGUCUCCCAGCAGGGACUACGACUGGAGUUUUGCGCCAACAUCUUAUGAGGCUUAAUUCCUCUAUAUCAUGCAAGGAGAUAGAACCCGGGGAUUUUCCAUCACCUUGUCCUGGUGAUCAGCCUUUCACUGUAUUCUGGGAACGCGUUAUAGACGCAAAUGUACGCAUAUGCGUUCCUGGUAAUUACACUAGCUUCCCAUGGUCACUCAGCCGCAGCCGUCAGGAUCUCACCGAAGAGAUAUAUAUUGAUCUCAAGGACACAAACAUCGGUAAUCUCGAAUGGAACUCAGAGCAUCCACAGUUUAAUACAAGCUAUAGCAUUCGCUGCACAGCAACGACUACUAGAGGCUAUUUUGAACUUGGUAGCAAUUGGAAUAACAAUAUAUACGGGCCGCUUCUUGACCGGUGGCCGGGUCAAGCACAGAUGGAAGAAGACUUUAAUGACCGGGGUAAUGCUUGGAGAGGAGGCUACAUCCCUUCCGAAGCUGAUGAUCCUUUUCAGGACAGGGAUGAGCAAUUUGAAAACCAGGAUCCGCCUUUACAAGACAUUGAACCGUCUAAACCCGCGACAUGGAGAGUCCCUGGUCCCCUAAUGACGAGCGCACUUGUCUUAUUUGGAAGAGGGUCCUGGCUAAGCAUAGCCACGGACUUUAUGUUGAAGAUGCCAGCUAAUAUUACUGAUGGUGCAAGAAUAUACGAGAACUCUUCAUGGCAGCUUUUCUGUCGUGGAAUGCCGUUCGCGAGACUUGAGCAGCUAUUCCCUGUCGGCGGUCCUACUAGCGAUGAUUUCGUGUCUCUUUGCAGCUCAGUCGAUCAGCGUAUGUUCGAUGGCUAUAAGAUACGAGAGGACGAUGUGUUGCUAGCUACGCAUCAUUUACUAGCCGCUUUUGCACCCGUCAACCAAUGGAGCGGCAGCCAAGUAAGAACACUGGAGAAAGCAGAGAGUCUACUGAAUGUCUCCAUGUUUGUCGCCAAUCGAGCCUUUCUUACCUUAUAUUCCCAGGAUGUCGGCGAUCAAGAGAUGGUAAGAAACGAGAGUCUGCCGCAUCGUACAAUCUACGCUUCUUCAGGUCUCGCCGUGCAAAAGCCUGUGCUUUCAAACAGAACCGUCAUCAUACUCUCAGUCCUAAUAGGCAUCCAACUACUCGGCUUAAUUUAUAUAACUUAUUACUUGUAUCGCAUCCCAACCUGGUCAGACCAAAUAGACGCCAUGGCUAUGGCGCGCAUCGGAGCGAGCCUGCAUGACAAAGGCGUACUUCCAGCCAUCGGCCCAGUGAGCAAGGAAGAUCUCGAUGCUUUACAGACUGUGAGUGGCUUAAUCGGCAUCGUCGAGAGAAGCCCGCGUGGUAAAAGCUCAGUGACCAGAUCCGUGUCUCCCGAUCUGAUAGAUACGGAUGGCUCCGGCGCGGAGUUGCAACGGCUUAAUCUGGCUGAGGAGGGUCGUGUAAGCUUUGGAGAUAGCACACGUCGCGUAAUCUCAAUGAUUGGAUCUGUAUCACCUGAUCUGGGGAUUACAGGUAGCUCGGAACCGGAAUUGCAACGGCUCAAUCCAGCUGAGGAGGGUCAUGAAAGCUCUGAAGAUGGCAGCUCAGGCGCUAUGUCGCUCAACCUGGCUACUACGAAUAGCUCAGACGCCGAGCGUCAACGGCUCAAUUCUACUGAAGAGCUUCGUGGAAACUUCGAAGAAUUCAGCACAGGCGUUGAACUAGGACUAGACGCUCCAGGACCGAUCCUCACGACGAAUGUACCACGCCGAAGUCCGUAUGUACUUGGUAUGAAAAGAGUUUGGAGGGCAUUUCAGUCGACAAAACGUCCGUAAAUUAGCUAGCUGGGAUCUCUCGAAUGUAUCUUUGGGGUGUGACUGCGUAUCAUCACGAAGAUAGUACAGCAUGGCAACAAGAAGUCACUGUGUUUGAGGAUCUGAACUUGCCUCGUGAUUAUCGCAGUGCAAAACACGAAAUCGUUUUGUUGAAAGCAGAAAAUGACGUAAAUUACGAAUGUCUAGCGUACAUCAACAAGAAGUCUUUAACUACGUAUCAGCGUAAUACAACCUCCAGGAAACGUAACCCCAGACCUGGUAUCAUCAGUAGCUCGCCGAAGCAACUGCCGACCCAAACAAACGCCCAAAACGGAAACGAGAAACUGAUUGGAAAACUAAAACAUUAUGCACUAUUGCCGCCCAGCCUUGAGACGCAAGGGCGACUUUUGGUAUCCGAUAUGCUACAGUCC